AUGAAGCCUAACGGGAGAUUGAAAGUCUGGCUCUAUAGAGGAUCUCUAGGUAUUACAGUAUUAUUUCUUCUGGGAUUCUCUAUUGUGCUUCCAGUCGAUUCUAUAGCACAGGCCUUUCAGUCUUCUAAUAAUGCGUUUAACACAUUUAUUGUAAUUGGAGCGCUUGUCGCUUUUGGAGUCGUAGGCAUCGUGAUAGUUUUUGGUCGUAUAUUAUUCUACAGGAGCUGUAUACAAGAUAUUCCCAGAAGGUACAUUCCGAUAGCACCCGGGGAUCUUCCGCAUUCUCGAAGUAGGAACAUGAUCUUAGAGAAUAUGGAGCGGUCUAAAGAUUUAAGUUUGCUGUUUAAGAAACCAAAGCACCCAGUUAUACACCCGGGGUUGGAACCACCUGUCGGAUGUGAUGAACCCAAAUUUGAAAAAAUCUUUCCCGAGUUUUUGAACUACAGUACAUGUAUUAAGAGUCUAGCCGAUAGACUAAAGUAUCAAGGAAUUUUCCUAAACAAUCAGAGUGUUGACAUAAAGCUUGGUGAUACUGUAGCAGAUGUGGUACGAAAUCAGUUCAUGGUAGGCUGUAGUGAUCAGGGUGUCUUGGAGAAUACCCAGCGUUUCAUCGAUUUAUAUGAAACAAUACAGUUUUCUGGAAAAGAACCCACAAGAGAACAGUUUAUCGAAUUUGUUUCAUUGGCUAUUUAUUUUGUUGAUCUUUCUUCCACAAGAGAUAAGAGACAGACAGUAUUGGACCCGAAUUCUAAUUUUCAACCCGAAAUCAAUUUCAAUGGUGAUAUGUGGAACACAGAGGUUUCCAGAAUCCCAACAAAUAUUUCCGUUAAUCCAAUUCAAGAAGUUGACUCAUAUAAUCAAGAUUCGGAAUUACUUCCAGAGGGCGGUACGUACCUGAGGAAGGUAAAUUCAAGCAGUACUGUCGCGGUGCGAAUGCCCUCUCAUGAAAUACCUAGCAUGCAUCCUAAUGAACACUUUUAA